AUGUCUGAUGUAGUUGCAUUCGAAGGUAUUGCUUAUCUCUUCUUUAUUCGAAGGACCUGCAUUACUUUCUUGAUUAUCACUCAGCUCAGCUUCAUCGCUGGAAUCGUCGCCUCUGAAGCCAUACUCUUUACCACAAUAAUCGCACUCCUUGGAGCCAAGUUGGUCUACACUACUCUCGUAUGGGGCUUUGUUGUGGUAUGCGUAGCGAUCGUCCUUGUCUUCAGCGGCCUGUAUCUAAAGUCGGUCGCGUGUGUUCCAUCCCCCUGGCCAUCAGUCAUAGCCCGGUGCUGGUUCGAAAACUCCCCGCCCAGUUAUGCAUUAUACCUUCCCCGAACCUUCUACAUUCUCUUAAUCGCCGAGGUGGUUGCGACUGCAGUUGCCAUUACUGUCGGAGUUAGGAAGCACUGGCGAGAGGGAAGUAGGAUAGCCGUCGUCUUAUACCGGCACGGAAUGAUCUACUAUAUCGCAUUGCUUGGGUGCACAAUCAUUAACAUGGUCACCAAUGCCCCGCUCCACGUCAGCCCAAUUUCAGAGAUCCAUGCUUGCGAUACUCGCAAGCAGACUCUUGAUCCACACCCAAAAGUAGGUACAACGGUUACACUCUACCUCAGCCGCAACGGGGAUGUCCGAGCUUAA